CUUUCGCCGGCGAUGGUUGUCCCCCUUUGUCCCGGAAUAGGCCAUUGACGCGAGGUCAUAGUCAGUUGGUUGGUAGCCCCAAGGACUCGAAUAACAGUGUAUUUCAUUUAUAAGUAAGUGCAAUGAUGGAUGUAAUGAACUUAUACACGAGAUUUAAGUUCCUGUUGUGUCCAAAAUAUAAAUGUGUGAAUCUAAUGGAUAUUACUAAAAGAAAUGUAGGGCAUGAUGAUAGCCAAUGAAGCAAUUUCGCAGAACACAGGAAGCCCGAUACGAACGCGGAGCCAUAUAAUUUGAAAGCUAUUUGAGGAAAGCUUCAUGAUUUCGGGUAUCAGAAUGUCUGCCUGGCAGUGCCGCGUGGGAAUAUAACGAAUUUCGUGAGCCGGGAGCCUACACAUGGCCUCUAUCGAUAUAACAGAAUAAAUAUUAACUCCAGAAAUGGAUAACGAUGACAAGUGGUGGUAAUCGUGCAAUCGUCUUGUUUUGGUGAAGAAGGUCACAGCAGAAGGUGAAUAUCAAGUGGAUUAGAUGGCUAUUUUAUAGUGUUUUUGUGAAGUGUAAUGUGAUAGAUUUCAACAACGUGCCAAAAGAGGCGAUGUAGUGGUUUUUCAUGUGUUAUUGGUUGGGUUUUCCGAAAUAGGAGAGCGCUAGCUGCCAAUUGCUCAGAUUAUGCAGAUCCGGUAAACAGUGCAGGUGUUCGUAGUUUUGGUAUCUAGGAGUAUUUUGAACUACAAUUACGUCAGAGUUACUUGACACAAUGAGUGAUACGGUUGAGCUAGGGCGGUUGAUUAACUGCACUGAGGAGGCGAUUCAGCGCUUUCCUUGGUCGACUGAGUACAAUGCCACAGUCAUUGGUGAGUUUAACCGGACGGAAGUAUUGGACGUGCUCGGUGAGAUGAUUACCCGAGGAAAGAGUUAUGUGCCGCAGGACAUAGAGACCGUCACGCUGAGAGAAUUCAUCACCGAGUGUCUCUUCCCGACGACGAAGAGCCCCUACGAACUGCCGUGGCAGCUGAAGACGGCAUGGGGUGUGGUGUUCGGUGCGAUGCUUCUGGUGGCCAUCACCGGUAACAGCAUCGUGCUCUGGAUAGUACUGGCCCACCGCCGGAUGCGCACCGUGACCAACUACUUUCUGCUGAACCUAAGUGUGGCCGAUCUGCUGAUGUCGUCGCUCAACUGUUCGUUCAACUUCAUCUUCAUGCUCAACUCAGAUUGGCCGUUCGGGGCGGUCUACUGCACCAUCAACAACUUUAUCGCCAACAUGUCGGUGGCGUCCUCCGUAUUCACACUAGUUGCCAUCUCACUGGAUCGAUAUAUUGCAAUUGUUCACCCCCUACGACACAGGACAUCCCGCAAAAAAGCUCGCCUGUUUCUUCUUAUCAUCUGGGCACUGAGCUGCGUUCUAGCCGCUCCCUGCCUCAUGUACUCAACUGUGAUGACCAAGCGGUACCAUAACGGAAAUACGAGAACCGUUUGCUAUAUGCUGUGGCCGGAUGGACGAUACCCAACAUCGAUGGCAGAUUACAUAUACAACUUGGUGUUCCUCAUCCUGACUUACGGCAUCCCAAUGCUCAUCAUGAUCGUGUGCUACUCGUUGAUGGGCCGAGAGCUGUGGGGAAGUCGUUCCAUUGGCGAACACACGGAUCGGCAGCUGGAGUCUAUGAAGUCCAAAAAGAAGGUUGUGCGUAUGUUCAUAAUCGUGGUGACCAUAUUUGCGAUAUGCUGGCUCCCGUAUCAUCUGUUUUUCGUCUAUGCCUACCACAACAACCAGAUGACAUCGUCCAGCUACGUCCAACAGCUGUACCUGGGGUUCUACUGGUUGGCAAUGUCCAACGCAAUGGUCAAUCCGAUCAUCUACUACUGGAUGAAUGGCAGGUUUCGAGUGUACUUCCAGGAAAUCGUUUGUUUCUGCUGUUUACAGUUUCUUAACGCACCGAUGAGGGAUGGCUUACCACCGGGCGCGCUGCUCAAUAAAAAUUCCAACUCCGAACUGGGCCGGUACCGAUCUUGUAAAUCGACAACGGUCCCUUUCAGUGCGGUGGCGACCGCAUUACCACAGUGCCGAGGAGUACCGGAUGCGGCUUGCCGCUCCCAUCCCGGCCAUCAACCGGCCCAACCGAGGGAUGGUCAGUGUGCUGAACAUCGCCGAGAAUGCCAACGGAAAGCCGACGGCACUGGACGGUCACCAGACAACGGACAUCAGCGAGCUGCCGCCAGCUCUCAACUACUUGCCGAGGCAUCAGAACUCCCAAGACUCACAGUCCAACCGGGUAAAGGAGCACUCGUCCAGCAGCCAUAGCCACGAGUACUCCUGACAUCCACAGUACGAUUAAGGAUAAAGUGAGCUUAGCAAAUAAGGUAACAUGUAAGUAGGAUUUAUUCAAUGGUGAUAUUAGGUUGUGGAUUCGGGAGAUUUCAUUAGAAGGAAGGAAUACUUCAACUGAGUUAGUGUUGAAUACUGGAAAUGGAGAGUUUCAAAUUGAAACUGCGUACUUUGAUACAAGUACAAAAAGAAUAUGAUCUUUCUAUAGAAUCAGCAGAUUCAGACAACGAUUAGUUUAGGUAUAUGUCCUGUGAAAUAUGUCAUAAUUUAUUAAAUAGAUGUCGAUAACUUUAUCAACGACGCAUUAAAAAUGCAAAUAGAAAUCAUCGACACAA